AUGGGACCCGGAGGUGUAUGUGCUCAUCUGGAAUAUCAGAUCGAGGACAUGGCAGACUAUGUGGCAGAAAUGGCACAGAGACUAUUUGAUCCCAACUCUCCAGUUGCACCGGACUUUCGCAAAUUCGUUCUCGGACUCCUUUCGUCGACUCGCCUUCCUCAUACAACCAUUCUCCUCGGCAUGAACUAUCUCGCAAAGCGACUCAGUGAUUUGAAACUCGUGGAUGGUAUGACGAAAGGUGGUCAGAUGUGGCGACUUUUGACAGUUGGGUUGCUUCUGGGAAGCAAGUUCCUGGACGAUAAUACCUUUCAGAACAAAUCUUGGUCAGAGGUUAGUGGCAUCGAAGUUUCCGAACUCAACAAGAUGGAACAUACUUGGCUGGACGUUAUCAACUGGAAACUGUUUGUCGACCUUGACAACUGUCCACAAUACCAAGCUUGGUUGGCAAACUGGAAGGAUUGGGCUACAGACCGUAAGAAGGUGAAGGCUGCCACUCUCCAACGCCUUUCGGCACCACCUGCGCCAUUGGCUCCAAUCGAUACCAACUUUUCUUUCAAAAGCCGUGGGUACAACGCAAUUUACAGGGGACCCAAGAGUGCCACACAAGAGCGACAACAAUACGUUCACUACGAACAUCCUACUUGGGCCAACCACUCAUAUCCUACUCCUCAGCAUACCCCGCCGUCUGCUCCCGAUUCAGGUGUGACUACUCCAGAUUAUUCGAGUGCCAAUGGUCCAUCACCCCAAUACAAUCAGGGUUCAUACAGCCCGUAUAUGGAAGAAGCACGCAAUAGGGCCGCUGCUAUUGCGGCUGCGAAUGUCCCUUAUGUUGUGCCUCAAAUGUCUACUCGAUUCAAUCAUCAAUACCUCUACAACUACAGCCCGCACAGCCACAGCCCGCACCACUACAGCCCCCAGCAUUACUUUCAUCAAUACAGUAUCUGGAACCAUCCAGCUUCGGACGCCUCUUAUGCCCCUAAAGCAAAGUACCCACACUUCAUGGGAUACAGAGGACAUCAGACUGUUGUUGGUUGA